UCCUCUUCUCUUCUUUUCCUUACGCCGUCUCCUCUGUUCGCCCUUUGCAUCCAUACCCAUUCCCUGCGCCGCCGGAAACGAACGAUGAAGUUCAACCCUCGGGUGUCGAGCUCGCGGCGCAAGUGCCGGAAGGCGCACUUCACGGCGCCGUCGAGCGUGCGGCGGGUGCUGAUGAGCGCGCCGCUGUCGGCCGAGCUGCGGAGCAAGUACGGCGUGCGGUCGAUGCCGGUGCGGAAGGACGACGAGGUCCAGGUCGUGCGGGGCACCUUCAAGGGCCGCGAGGGCAAGGUCGUCCAGGUCUACCGCCGGAAGUGGAUCAUCCACGUCGAGCGGAUCACCCGCGAGAAGGUGAACGGCUCGACCGUCAACGUCGGCGUCGCCCCCUCCAAGGUCGUCAUCACCAAGCUCAAGCUCGACAAGGACCGCAAGGCCCUGCUCGACCGCAAGGCCCGCGGCCGCGCCGCCGCCGACAAGGCCAAGGGCGCCAAAUUCACCACCGAAGACGUCGCCGCCGCCGCCGCCGCCGCAGCUGCCCCUUCCCUCCAGGAGAUCGAUUGAGAUGAAUUAAUUCGCCACAUAGUAAGUUUAAGUUCACUAUUAUUAUGGUCGAUUUACUUCUCUCUUUUUGAGAUUGAUGAUGUUAGGAUGGAUGGAUGGAUGGCUUUGAGAUUGCGUUUAAGAUAAGAUGAUCAUAAUGUUUUGCUUCGCACUUUGCAUGAACUAGUUAAUUCAGUUUUGUGGAUCUGAUUUUCUUAGUAUAGUCUAUAUGAUGAAUGCUCGUGCUUGGUUAUAAAGUUGCGUAUCUCCUUAUUGAUC